AUGGCUUCUAGCAGUGAGAAUGGGAUCCCAGCUGCACCACCUACGCCUCAAAAAUCAUUGAACACACAGGAACGCCUCUUCGGCGACAACAUGCCAACAACACCUAAAAAGAUAACUCCAACAUUCAAGUCGUCAAUUUUCGAGACAGAGGCCCCGCCGUCACCGCAGCGAACUCCCAAGAAAGUCAUUCGCACAAUCGAGCGAAAUCCAAUCACCGGUGAGGUGAAAAAACAGCAGAAAGUCGCCGCC